GUUUCAUCCGGCACUAAAUACCUUUGAACUCCGAGUGCAAUCUUCGACGUUUCAUUAGGGUUUCAUUAGAUUACUGUUACAACAAGCAGGAUGUAUACCAGAUCAAAACGAAGGAAUAUCUGCGCAACAUGCACACACACUAUAAAAGUGAAAGAAUAUUUGGAAUGUACUAAUUGCAAUAACACGUUUGACUUAAAAUGUGCUAGCAUUACUUUAAAAAGAUACAAUUCAAUGUCGACCGAUAAGAGACUCAAAUGGAAAUGUCAUAAAUGUAGGAAAAGCUCUACACAGGAAAUAAAAAAUCUUUCAAAUACUGAACAGCUGACACAAAGUAUCUCGUUAGAUAAAACCAUUUCAAAUAUUAGUAAUUUAUCCAGCAAGAAUACUCUCACACUACAUAAUCAAUCAUUAGAAAAUAUAACAUUUUGUAGUUCAAUGAAAGACCUACAUAAUUCAACAUUCAGAGAUGUCAGCACAUGUAGUUUACCAGAUCUUGGUACUGUCGAAAGCUCACAGGUUUUAGACCUUAAACAGGACUUAGCAACCCUAUCUGGGCAAUUAGAAAGUGCUCAUGAAGAAAUUGCCCAACUAAAUAUAGAAAACACAAAACAAAGAAAGUUAAUUGAAGAAAAUGAAAAACAAAUAAAAUUACUUAAAACAUUGCUAAGCGACGGUAAUUCUUCAAUCAACUCCACACCGCUACGAACAAAAACAAAGAAAUCUAAACGCACACCGUCAGUAAAAUCCUCUAUACAGAACAAUAUAAUAUCUCAUAAAGCAAUAGAACAAAUACCAAUUAAUUUAGAAAAUGCACCAGCAGUACCACUAAAUUCUGAAUUUAAUAAAAAACUCGCUCAAAAAAGUACCAAUAUUCAAAGAAAAUCAGGAAGAAAAAUUUACAUUAUAGGAAGUCAACAAUCUAAAAAUUUAUCCUCAGCGCUCAUUCAGUCGAGAAGAACUAAUCCGUAUGAAAAAUAUACAAUUGAAGCGUUCAUCAAACCCGAUGCAACGACAGGGGACAUCCUCAAAUCUUGUGAGUUGUAUGAUUUUUCCUGUAACGACAAAUUAAUAUUAACUGUAGGUGAAAAUGACUGUGAUCCAAUUAAAAUAUCAUCUGACUUAUAUACAAAAAUAAAUUCUCUACCACAAGUCCAUAUUAUUGUAACUAGUGUGACUUUCAGUAGGCAUUUGAAUGAACUGAAACUUAAUGACAUGUUGCGAUUGAUAUGUAACAAGUUUCCUAAUUGUACGUUUCUUAAUCUCGAUGAAAACAUUUAUCGAAAUAACACGCCGUAUUAUAAUAUAUGCCAUAAAAUAAAUCUCGUAAUUGACCAAAUAGACUACAAUAAAAGGUUUUUGAAUUUCAAAAAACAAAGACACAUAAAUCGUUCCACACUAAAAGGAACGAUACCAUAUUAUUUUAAGAAAGUGACUCAUGGCGUAACUUCAAAAAAUGAUCAAACUUUAAAUUCAUCUCAGGAUGCACCAAAGAAGGGAACAAUUCCUUUUUAUUUUAAACCAAAUAAAGUUGAUGACAGCAAAAAUGGGGAAAAACUGUUUUUUCGUGCCAAAAAUUAAUAAUUCAACAUGCACUUGUAAAGUUCUUCACCAAAAUGUUGCUGGCUUUCUAGCAAAGAAAGACUUAAUAGAAAUCAUGGUUGAAGAUCUGCAAAAUACAGAUAAAAUUGACAUACUAUGCUUCACGGAAACAUUCAUUCCAAAAGGGCAUGAAAGUAAUAUAAAACUAAAUGGGUAUCUGUUAGCAUCAAAUUACAGUAGAAUAAAAAGAAGGGGUGGUGUUUGUAUAUUAACAUCACAAGGGAUAGGAUCAAAAAAUUUAGAAUACCUACAUACUUUGUGUGAACCGAAAGCAUUUGAAUGUUGUGGGAUAGACAUAGUGGACAAAAAU